AUGGAUGUCCUGGAGGUGUCGCCCAGCAGCCUCGCGGCGAACCUCUCCCUCACAGGUGCCUGGGCUCAACCUGCUCAGCAAAUGUUGGCGCAGGGCUUGGGAGAAGCGUUGCUGCAGCGUCGCCAUCGGCAGGCUCUGGAGGAGUGGCACAGUGCUGUGCAAACUGCCACGGCGAAGGCGUGCGAGACAGCAGCGCAAGGAGUCAAAGGCAGCGUGAACAUGGAGGCCAUCAAGUCGGAGCUGCACAGGCAGCAAGCAGUGCAAUUCUGGACACACUAUUUCCAAACCAGUGCCAAGGUGGGCUGGUGGGACUUUGCGGACGCCUUCCAGGAGUGUUUCUGUGGCAACAGUUGUCCAGCCGAUCUGUUGCAACAUCUUCGCAAGCACCUGGCGAAGCCAUGCAAAAGUCGCGUGGCACUGCAUUCCUGGGAAUCCUUCAUUCAGAAGUAUGGCACCAGUGCCCCAGAGAUCAUCAAGGCCUUGGUGAAAGAGGUGAUGGAUGAUUUGCCUGCCACGAUCUACAAGCAAAGCUCCUUGGGCAGUGCUCAAGAGGAGGCAGAGGUGUUGCAGUUGUUCACGGUGAAGCGGCACCUGAAAACGGAGAAGGUGGCGCGGGAGGCGAGACCGCCGGCGGUCUCGGUCUCGGACGCGACGGCGAGACCGUCGUUGCGGCAGGCCGCUACCUCGUUGGGGGAGGACGACUUGUUGCAAAAGGUGUCUCCAAGUGGGAACACGGCACCGCCAGGAGUUCAGAUGGUGCCGCACUCAAGGUCCGCGCAGCGGAGCAACAGCCGCCGUGAGAUGGACAGCGCCACGCCCCAGGAUCCGCGGAUGCAAAUGGCCGCCGCGGAGCCGGGCGACGUGAUGAGCUGGGAAGAGUUCGAGAACCAACUGCAGGCCUCUUCCAGGCCCUGGUGGUUGGGACCCCAUUCCGAGCUGCCCGGGCACAGGAGCCGCUUUUCGUCCAAGCACUUCAGGGUGUGCAGAGCAGCCUCACGGCCACCCGCAAGGCGGUGGUCUUGCGGGUGUCCAGUGGCACCCUAG